AUGCCUUUUCGCUUCUCUGAGCUCGCAAAGAGAGGUAAGUCUGUGUCCAAGUCCGGAGCGUUUGGAGAAGGAGAAGAAGAAGCCACCGCAAGACCUAUAACCCCCGCGCGCAGCUCCUACGGGUACAGUGACUACGUCAGUGAGUACACAUACGAUGUCGGUGAGUCAAAGUCAAAGUCGAACUCAAGUGGUCUUCCGCUGCCAGCACCGCCCUCCGCCGCGUCACAGCGAGGAGGUCCAAGACGACCAGAUUGGACCGACACUCCCGCCCCAGCCAGCAUCUACUACGACAACGGCACGGGCGUCCUCCACGCCAACUUCGUCCGCGACCAGAGUCUGCCGCCACACGUGCGCACGACGGCGCAACUGGCCGAGUUCAUCAGGACGCGCAAGGACAGCAGCAGCGGCUUGGAGGAGGGGGGAGCAGCACCACCACCCGCAUCCUUCUUCUCCACGUCCUCUUCGUCGUGUUAUUCUUCGCAUUCAUCGUCGUCGUCGUCAUCAUCCAACUCUAACCCUCCCUCUCCGAGUCAAUCUACCGGACCCAUGUACCACCAUGCGCCAGCGUCAAGAUCUUGUGAACGUAUUCGAGUGACAGCAGCAGCGGCGGCGGGAAUUCUAAUGCGAUACCACCACGUCGCGCGACCCAUCGUCCGCGUCCGCGUCCUACCCGGCGCGACACGCACGCAUAGGUACCAAGGGUUCUGGCUCAGACGGGGGACGAUGCGCAAGAGCAACAACGCCGAGACCGAGUCCGGCAAGAAGGAGAAAGGCGAAAAAAAGCGGGCCGAGAAAUCAAGGAGGUAG